AUGGCUGCCGAACGUAGAGACGUCGAAUUCAAGACUGUGGAUGGCUUGACUCUCCGUGGUUGGCUAUUCCUAGGUCCCAAGGGUGGUCCUGCAGUGGUUGUCAACGGUGCAGUAUGGUUUCGCACUUCGUCGGAGCCGCGAGUCCUCACUUACGUCGAUCUCCCCUCCCGAAUAGUUCAACAGCCCCAGAGAAAUAUUUGUUGCCGCAGUGGCGAAAUGGUUCGGCGAACACGGCGUGACGGCUCUUGUCUACGACGCUCGCUCCCUAGGCCUCAGCGACGGCCUGCCACGAAACGAUCUUGAUCCACAGAAGAUCACUGAAGACAACCACGACGCUGUGACCGUGAGCACACCCGCAAGGACAUCUCUGCUCUCGUGUCCAUACUGAUCGUAAAUAUAAAAUCCAGUUCCUCCAAGACUCCGGCCACGUGGACCCCGGCAAAAUCGCCAUCUGGGGCUUCUUCUACAGCUCCCUCAUCGCCCUCGAAGCAGCCGCCUUCGACCCGCGCGUCAAAGCCGUCAUAUCCCAGGGCCUCAUGCCCGAAUGGACCCUCGAUCCCGCGCAACAACCCUCCAUCAUCGCCUCCGCCAUCCAAGACCGCGCCGCCCAACUCCGCGGCAAACCACCCACCUACAUCCCCCUGCUGAACGAAGCAGGAGACCACAUGACCCAUUUCACAUACCUCGCCGCCCUGACGCCGGAGCAAAAAACACACCUUCGCGCCUGGGUGCCCGCCGCGCAGAAGAUCGCCCCGAGCUUCCGACCCGAAAUGACGCUGCAGAGUCUCUACCGCCACGCCAAGUGGAGGCCGCUUUCGCUCUUGCAAGCCAGUGGCAUCACGACUCCGGUGAUGGUCUUGACGCCGGAGAAUGACGAAAUGGUGGACCCGGGCUACCAGAAGAAGAUCUUUGAUGGCUUUGCGAGUGGGCUGAAGAGGUAUGAAGUUAUCCCGGAUGUGGGACAUUUGGAUUUUUUGGCGAAGGUGGAGUUCGAUCGGUUGUUGGGGGGACAGUUGGAGUUUCUGAAAGAGGCGAUGGAGUUCUGA